GAAGAGCUACUGGGGAGGUGGAAGAUGGGGGAGGAAGAGGACGAUGGGGUGGGGUGGUUCAGGGAGUGAAUAGGCCGGGAUGGGUGAGAUGAGGCUGGGUUGUACGUGCUUGAGAAGUCGGGGAGUGCAGAGGGACAGAAAGGUAGACGGUGCGUGCGGGAAGAGGGGAUGAGGGGUCGGGGCGCGGGGCGGUCAGUGGGUUGAGGGGAGUGGGGAGGAUUUAGGGUGAGAGAGGUGCCAUCGUGCUGGGGAAGGCGGGACUAGGAGAGGUAGAAGAAUGGGGAGAGAAAUGGGAGGGAGAGAAGGAACCUGGGGCAGAUCUGAGGGGAGAAGGCGCUUGAGGGGGAACGAGGAGGGUAGAAGGCGUGUGAGAGGGAAGUGUGAGAGGAGAAGGGGCGCGAGGGGGAACGACGAGGGGAGAAGUGGCGCGAGGGGGAACCGCGAGGAGAGAAGAGGUCCCGCCUCCCGGCCGCGCUGCCCUCGGUGUCGCCGCCUGGCGGUUACAAGGAGGCCGCCUCCCGGUUGCCGGCCUGGCGGUCCUACUCGCCACCGAAAGAUUUCAAAAGGGAAAUUAAAUUCCUCCAGGGCUGAGUCACAAGGAAGAAAGCGAUUUCCUCCGCCUCUUCCAAAGCGAAUUCAUAAAGAAAUGAUGGGGAAAACACUUCAAUGAUAGAGUGGAUAAAGAAAUGUGGCACAUAUACGCCAUGGAAUACUAUGCAGCAAUGAAAAAG